AUGUUCGCACUGGGAAGGGGCUCCAGAACAUUGCUGAGUGCUGCCCGGCCGGCCGAUGCUGUCUCGUCCAUCUUUUGCCGCACUUAUGCGCUUUCGAGGUUUCCGGAACGCCGCCCUGGCACAGGCAGAAUACGUUCUGAGGCAUCCUUGAACGAUAUCAGGUCGCGGGAGAAUUCUGGCCGGCGGGGACCUAUCAACGACGAGCUUCCUACCUACGACCGGUCCCCCUUGUGGGAGGCCAGCAAGAGAGCUCCCGUCAGUGACCCUGAGGCUGGACUGAAGAGGCUGCUGCUAGACAACAAUCAGCUCGUCAUUACGAGACAGUUCGAGAUGCUCAAUAUCUUCAUUGGGUUCGAGCAAUCGAAUCGAUAUGUGAUUUCGAACGAAAGGGAAGACACUCUCGGCUUCAUUGCUGAAGAACCCCGCGGUUUCCUCUCCACCUUCUCGCGCCAGAUACUCCGCACGCAUAGGCCGUUCCGUGCGUUGGUUAUGGAUGCGGACGGGAACCCCGUCCUAUGGCUCCGACGGCCAUUCCAGUUUAUCAACUCACGCAUGUACGUUCAGCGGCUGAAGGAUCUUCACGAGUACACUUCCCAGGGCGAGCCGGUCCUCGACACCUUUGCGGAGGUCCAGCAGCGCUGGCAUCUGUGGCGUAGGCGUUAUGACUUAUUUUUGAGGGAUGAGAAACGCCGUAUCCUUUCAAAAGAUGACCUGUUCAAACAGGUGGCGCGUGUCGACGAAGGAUUCUGGGCUUGGGACUUCACCAUUCAAGAUUCCCGUGGAGAAGAAAUGGCUACCGUGAAUCGAAGGUUCCGCGGAUUCGGGCGCGAGCUAUUCACGGACACAGGUCAAUAUUUCGUUCGCUUUGGUCCCAUGCCCCAAGAUCCCGACGAUCCCACACCUCGUGCACCUUCGAUUGUGCGUGAUAUAACGUUGGAUGAACGUGCUCUUGUGCUUGCGUUGGCUGUCAACAUCGAUUUCGACUACUUCUCCCGUCAUUCUGGUCAUGGCGGAACGUGGUUUCCUAUGUUCGACUCGUUUGGCGGUGACGCCUAG